AUGGCGAGGCAUUUCGGGGACAGUCUUGGUGUGUCGUCAUCCGCGCCGUACCUGUCAUACCAUGACAUUCUUCUGACAAACGAGGACGUCAACGCCCUCAAGCACGAUUGGUUAACAGAUAAUAAUAUUGCUUUUUGGGAAGAAUGGCUCGAAAGGGAGAUACUCCCAAAAUACCCACAAGCUCGAAUCGUUCUUCUCCGCCCAAGCAUGACGUUCCUGCUGAUGCAGGCGGCCGACGUUAAGACCAUCGCCAGCGCCCUGCCAGACUUCAGCAAAGUCACGCACAUCUUCCUGCCCAUCAACGACAGUAGGGAGCGUGAGCGGGCCGACGGCGGCUCCCACUGGUCUCUCCUCCUCGUGUCUGUCAUUGACCGGGUGGCCUUCCACUAUGACUCGCUCGGCGGCGCCAACUUUUACGAAGCGCAAAGAUGUACCGACAGGCUGAGCCGGGUGCUGGGCAUCCCGCUCCGGUUCCACCAGCUGGAAGACGCCCCCCAGCAAGAAAACAGCAGCGACUGCGGCGUCUUUGUGUGCAUCCUGAUGCGGCACCUCCUGGUAAAGCGCCUUCUCAACGCAAACUCGAGCGAGAAGGUGUCCAUGUCGAUGGCAGGCAAGAUGAUCGACAGCCGCGGCGGCCGGAAAGAGAUGCUGAAGAUCGUCGAGUCGCUCCGGAAGGAGGGUGAGAGGCGGCGUAGCGCCAGUCCCUUUGCGUCGUCCCACACCCCGCCCCGCAUAGAGUAG